UCUGGGAGACUGUCUUAGAGGGGAUAUUUCUGUAUGCCUGGAUCUCCUGGUACUGGCCUUUCUUUCUCUGUGUGUGUGCUUGCAUCUGUGACUACCUCCCUGCCAUGUGUUUUUGUGUCUAUCUUUGUUCUCCUGUUUUGUCUCUCACUCUGCACCUCUCUCUGUAUGUCUUUCCUUCUCCCUUUCUUUCUCUGUGUCCUCCUCUCUGAGUCUCUGUCUCUGUCUUUCUGUUCCUCUCGGAUUCUUGUUUCUCUCCCCAACCUUCUCUUUUUCUUUCCCCCACCUGUUCCUAUCUCUGCCAUCGUUUCUCUCUUUUCUUCUUUCCCUUUCUUUCUCUCUCUUGACUCCUUGUUUCUCUCUUCCCUGUUUCUCUCUCCCCGUUCCUCUCUCUCCUGUUCCUUUUUCUCUUCCUGAUUCAUUUCUUUCCCUGACCUCCUCUCUCUGUUCUUCGUCUGUUGAUCUCUCUGUUCCUAUCUCUCUGUCGUCCUACCUUUUCUUUUUUUCUUUCUCCCCCAUCCCAUCCCUCUCUCCUUCCCUAUCUAACCCCCUUUCCCCAUCUUUCUCUGCUUCCUUUCUUCUCUAUUUCUAUAUACCCCUCUCUUUCCUCCCACUGUCUCCCCUCAUCCCUUUCUCCUUCCGCAUCUUCCCUUCUCUCUACCCCAUGUCUCUCUCUCCCUCCUUAUCUCCUCUUUUAUCCCUCCUAUGUCUGUCUUACCCCCUGUAUCUCCUGAUUUCACCCAUCUCAUUCUCUGUACCCUAUGUUCUCCCCCCAAUGUCAUUUUCUCCCUCUCUCUGUUUCUUUGCCCUACUGCCCCAUCCUUUCUACCCCUGUUGGAGACCUGGCCCACAUCUGCCACUGCAGGAAGUCGAGGGGCUGCUGAGUGAAAAUGAGAUGCUGCAGGCAAAGCUGCACAGCCAGGAGGAGGACUUCCGUUUGCAGAACAGCACGCUUAUGGCCGAGUUCAGCAAGACGCAGACCCCUCCACAGAAGAAGGCUGGCAGUGGGACUAUCCAUGAUGCUGACAUCUUGGACCAGCAACUUCCAGAGGAGCCUGAGCUCUGUAGCCAGAUGGAACAGCUGGAGCGGGAGAACCAGCAACUGAAGGAUGGGGCUGCCAGGGCAGGGGCUGCCCAAGCCGGGAGCCUUGUGGAUGGGGAGCUGCUGAGGCUGCAGGCAGAGAACACAGCCUUGCAGAAGAACGUGGCAGCCCUGCAGGAGCGCUACGGGAAAGAGGCUGGGAGGUCCCCAGCUGCCAGUGAGGAUCAAGGGGAUCCCCUGGGGGGCCCAGCUUCCCCUGUCCUGGCCCCCAUGCCAUUGGCAGAAGUGGAGCUGAAAUGGGAGAUGGAGAAGGAGGAAAAGAGACUGCUCUGGAAGCAACUGCAAGGCUUGGAGCAGACCUUGAAGCAGGCUGAAACAUCCAGGCUGCAGGAAGAACUUGCUAAGCUUGCCGAGAAACUGAAAAAGAAACAAGAAAGUUUUUGCCGUCUGCAGACAGAAAAGGAGACGCUAUUCAAUGACAGCCGGAACAAGAUUGAGGAGUUACAACAGCGAAAGGAAGCUGAUCUCAAAGCCCAGUUGGCUCGAACUCAGAAGCUGCAGCAGGAACUCGAGGCUGCCAAUCAGAGCUUGGCAGAGCUGAGAGAUCAGCGGCAGGGGGAGCUCCUGGAGCAUGCAGCAGCUCUGCGAGCCCUACAAGAUCAGGUGUCCAUCCAGAGUGCAGAUGCGCAGGAACAAGUGGAAGGACUUUUGGCUGAGAACAAUGCCUUGAGGACUAGCCUGGCUGCCCUGGAGCAGAUCCAAACAGCAAAGACCCAAGAACUGAAUAUGCUCCGGGAACAGACUGCUGGGCUGACAGCUGAGUUGCAGCAGCGGCAGACUGACUAUGAGGACCUCAUGGGACAGAAAGAUGACCUCAACUCCCAGCUCCAGGAGUCAUUGCGAGCCAAUAGUCGGCUGCUGGAACAACUUCAGGAACUCGGGCAGGAGAAGGAGCAAUUGACCCAGGAACUACAGGAGGCUCGUAAGAGUGCUGAGAAGCGGAAGGCCAUGCUGGAUGAGCUAGCCAUGGAGACGCUGCAGGAGAAGUCCCAGCACAAGGAGGAGCUGGGAGCAGUCCGACUACGGCACGAGAAGGAGGUGCUGGGGGUGCGCGCCCGCUAUGAGCGUGAGCUCCGUGAGCUACAUGAAGACAAGAAGCGGCAGGAGGAGGAGCUGCGUGGGCAGAUCCGCGAGGAGAAGGCCCGAACGCGGGAGCUGGAGACUCUCCAGCAGACGGUGGAAGAACUUCAAGCUCAGGUACACUCCAUGGAUGGGGCCAAGGGCUGGUUUGAACGGCGCUUGAAGGAGGCUGAGGAAUCUCUGCAGCAGCAGCAGCAGGAACAAGAGGAAGCCCUCAAGCAGUGUCGGGAGCAGCACGCGGGCGAGCUGAAGAGCAAGGAAGAGGAGCUGCAGGGUGUGCGGGAUCAGCUCCAACAGGCCCAGGAGGAGCGGGACUGCCACCUGAAGACCAUCAGCAGCCUGAAGCAGGAGGUGAAGGACACGGUGGAUGGGCAGCGAAUCCUGGAGAAGAAGGGCAGUGCUGCGCUCAAGGACCUCAAACGGCAGCUGCACCUGGAGCGGAAACGGGCGGAUAAACUUCAGGAGCGGUUGCAGGACAUCCUCACCAAUAGCAAGAGCCGCUCAGGGCUCGAGGAGCUGGUUCUAUCAGAGAUGAAUUCACCAAGCCGGACCCAGACUGGGGACAGCAGUAGCAUCUCCUCCUUCAGCUACCGCGAGAUCUUGCGGGAGAAGGAGAGCUCGACCGUUCCAGCCAGGUCCUUAUCCAGCAGCCCUCAGGCCCAGCCCCCGCGGCCAGCAGAGCUGUCAGAUGAGGAAGUGGCUGAGCUCUUUCAGCGCCUGGCAGAGACGCAGCAGGAGAAAUGGAUGCUGGAGGAGAAGGUGAAGCACCUGGAGGUGAGCAGCGCGUCCAUGGCAGAGGAUCUCUGCCGGAAGAGCGCCAUCAUCGAGACCUAUGUCAUGGACAGCCGGAUUGAUGUGUCUGUGGCAGCAGGCCACACAGACCGUAGCGGGCUGGGCAGCGUCCUGAGAGACCUAGUGAAGCCAGGCGACGAGAACCUUCGGGAGAUGAACAAGAAGUUACAGAACAUGCUGGAGGAACAGCUCACCAAGAAUAUGCACUUGCACAAGGACAUGGAAGUUCUGUCCCAGGAGAUUGUGCGGCUCAGCAAGGAGUGCGUGGGGUCCCCCGACCCAGACCUAGAACCGGGAGAAGCCAGCUAAAGACCUGCAGGCUGCACCCACUCCCUCCCUUCCCCACCCCCCAUCCCCUUGGGCUGUGGUGGGAAAAUGGGGGCCAGCGCCAAAAUCAGAUAGGUUGGGAGACUGGACAUUAAAGGGGUUGGAGGCCUGAUGGUUGGUGUUAGUGACCCUGUCUUAGGGCCGAGGCCCCUGGGGAGUGGGGAAUCCUGAGGGGAGGGGCAGGGAUUCUCCUCCUUCUUGGCCCUGGCUCCCAGGGGCCUUUGCCUUCAUCUCUGCAUGAGCUCUCCCUCCCAGAGACCAACUCUUUUUUAAUUUUAUUUUAUUUUUUAAUUUAUGUCUGGAAGCCUGGCUACUCUGCAUUUGGGAUUGGGGAUGCUGGGUGGGGCACGGUCCAUGUUCAGCAUUCUAGCAACAUGUGUGUGUGUGUGUAAAAGCUGUGCAGCCAAAAUACCAUCUGGCCAGACUGGCCCACCCAC